AUGAUUACAUUUAUAUUAUUUGUUGUAUUUACUACUGCAACCUAUAAUGUUGCACAUGAUGAUCAAGGAGUUAAAGAUGUUAAUAAAUACCAAAAUAUAGUUUUAUUUUCAAAAAUUAAUAGAAAUAUUAUUAGUCUUGAUAAGUCAAAGUGCAUUGAGUAUAGAAAAGGAAGAGCUUUGAAAAUAUAUAAUAAAGAAAUAGAUAACAACAAUAAAUAUUAUAUCAAAUAUUAUAGUGAUAGUAAUUGUGAUAAAGAAGAAGAAUCAGGUAAUGAAGAAGUUUUUAGAAUUAAUAAAAAUAUUAUUUCAACAACAAGUAAGAAUUUAAAGCAUGGUACUGUUACUAGUGAAGAUAUUGAAAAUGCUGAAAAUUAUUUUUAUUAUACUAAUACUAAACGAAUGUUUAAUGUAUAUAAUAUACAUUUAAAGGGUGAAAAUGAACAUAAAGAGUCACAGUCUGCAGAAGUAUCAGGUGGAGAAGAAAGUAGUAAGAAGAGUCAUGAAUCAGAAACAUCGCAAAAAGCACAAUCAAAUAGUCAAUCACCAAGUACAACCGUAACAUCACCAACAACAUCUGAACAAGGUACGACACAAACAAGUGAGUCAGGAGCAAAAGAACAACAAAAAGUUAAUGAAGGAACUACAAGUACAUCAAAUGGAGAAGGGAAAGGACACAAUGAACAAAAUCAAGAAGGAGUUGGAAAGAAUAGUCUAGAUGGAACCAGCGCAACGGGACCUGGAGUGAGUGGACAAGAAACAACAAGUGGAAAAGAGAAGAAUGAUGCAACACAAACAGGAGAACCAUCCACAGGAACACAAGAAGGAAAUACCGCAGUAAAUAAAAAACCAGAAGCAACUGAAUCAACAAAUGGCGGAAAUACAGAGUCAGGUAAGAGUGGAUCAGAAAAGAAUGGGCAAGAUCAAAGUGCAGAUGAAAAAACUAAAGAAGAGCCAAAAUCAAAUGAUGGGAAGGAUAGUACAACCAGUAAUGGAAAAGGUGGACAAGCAACCAGCGGAAAAGAAGAAGAAACAAGUGGACAAUCUUCAGGAAAAGGAGGAGAAAGUACAUCAAAUGAAAGUGGAAAAGAAAAUGAAGGAGAGAGUGUAGGUCCAAAUGGCCAAAAAACACCAGCAAAUGAAAAAGAUGGAAAAGAUACACAAACUGGUGAACAAGGAAAAGAUGGAAAUGCUGGAACAACAACUAAUGGAAAAGAUGAAAAAGAAAAUAAACAAAAUACACAAACCCCAACAGGAGGACAAGAUGGAAAGGCUAAUGAUAAAACUCAAAAUCCAGAUAAUACAAAAGAUAAUCAAGACCCAAAAACACCAGUAACUCCAGAAGAAAAGCCAAAUAAUAAUACAAAUACAACAAGUACUAAAUCAGAAAAUAAAAAUGAUGACAGUUCAAAUAAUAAAAAUGAUGGUCAACAUGAACACAAUAAUCUUGAUAGUGCUUCAAGUGUCUGCAUUUUUCUUUCUAUUAUCAUUGGAUUUUUGUUAUUUUAA